CAUCGCCAAGGUGAUGGUUUUAUUUAAACAUGGCGGCUCUUGGUGCCGGAAACUGGGAAAAAAUACUAAAUUUCGCUUGCUGAUUUCGGUACACUUGAAUAUGCAAUUUAUUAUGAAGGUUCUCUGAUAUACCAUAAAAUAGUUACCCAUAGCCUAAAAGGAGACUGGAAAACUCCAUAAGGCUAUAAAGGAAUGAUGUUCUACACAUAGUUAAGAAAAUCUAUAUAUCAAAGAAACCCUUGAAGGUGUCCCUCAGUAAAGCUGUAACCCACAACAAAGCAACAUGAAAAGCCAUAAAAAGAAGAGCAAACACCAGUACCCAAAACAAAACGUCAUAAAGGUGAUGGACAAAACUCCAGAUAAAAACACACAACAGUUAUGUCCACAAAAUCUUUCAGAGCAGCAAGACUUAUUUCUUAAAUUUGGUAUUGUGCCGAAAUUUGAAAUGAAACUAUCGUCAGAAAGUCUUGAAAAGUUAAUCAAGAAAAAACGUGGUGAGAUACAGUUUGACUGUCUUGAGGACGCUAUCCAUAUCCUUGAACAUGUGAAGGAAAACUAUGCAAACUCAGAUGAACUUAUUGAUGAGAUGUAUGGCAAUGUAAUCAAUGUAGCAGAAGCAACAAGGAUUCUUGAGGCAUAUUUAAAGGAGAAUGACCUAGAUGGAGUCAUGACAAUAUGUUUUGCUCAAGACCUACCUUGCAGUGCAAGAAUGGCCUGGCAUGGACCAAACCAACGUUACAACAAACCAGAAGCAAGAAAAUACAAUUUCUGGAUCAAGUCAAAAGAGAAUAUUUAUCUCCGGGAUCGUGGAAUAAAAUGUCUUGCCAACCAUGAGAUUGGGACACAUUAUACAAGGACUCUAAAUGAUGGCUUACAACCUUGGUUCUGUGAUCGUAAAAAGUUUGGAAUCAAAGGUCAUAAAUCACGAAGUUUAGUAGUGACCGAAGAAGGCCUUGCAAUACUACACACUGUACUUCAAGCAAAAACCAAGUAUUUAUUUGGGCCUGCAGUUCUCUAUUACACAGCAUGCAUGGCUACAAAGAUGAGUUUCAAGGAAUUAUUUGAGCACUUGGAGCAGUAUGUUUCCUCACCAACACAAAGAUGGCGCCAUGUUAUGCGGGUAAAGCGUUGUCUUGAUGACCCAAAUGACCUUGGGGGAUAUGGGGGAGAUCAGUGUUAUUUUCAAGGUGCAGUAGAAAUAUUAAGGAAUCUUGAGGACAUCGACUUUAACUUAUUGAUGUGUGGAAAGAUCUCAUUGGAUGAACUGCCAAGAGUUAAACGACUUGCUAGGAUGGAUUGUAUACGAAUACCCAAGUUCAUGCGAGAUAUAGAGAAAUACAAGCGAACUCUACGACAUAUAGGUGUCCUCAAUGGUAUACUUGAAAGACCAAAGAAGAGUCCAACUCCAAUGAAACCUUUAAGCAGCUCAAAGUCUAAAUCACGAUCAAAACAUUCAUCAAAGCGAAUGAAAAGUGGAAAGAAAAGUAAACCUAAGUUGAACUUAGAACUUUCUGAUGAUGGAAAAUUUACAGAAAUGCAAUUUGUUUAUCCGAAUCGCUUUUUGGAUUCUCCAAUGUCAUUGCAAUCUAGUUUAGAUGAUUAUAGCGAUGUUAAUGAGUAUGUGCUGCCAUCUAGUGGUCAAACUACUCCAUCUUUACCUCAGGUUAAAUGUGAUUCUCAUGACUUUGUAUAUCCUAGAAGCCCUACACUUCAGCAUUCAAUUGGUUCAAGAUUUCAAUCACGGCCCCUACUUUCUCGACCACAAUCAACUCCAAAUAAAUUAUUGCCAUCAAAUAUUCACGAUGAACCUUCCCAGGAUUCAAGUGCAUCUAAUAUCAAUUCAUUUGGACUCUUGAAAAGGCUAUAAGCUUGCAAUUUCUUUAUUAAAAUAGGUACUUUUUCAUUAUUAGGGGAAUACAGUGAAAUCAGUACAAAUGACCACUUCUCUGGUGUAACAUGUCUAUGGCCCUAAAGAUAAUUUAUUGUCUGUUUGAAGAGUGCCUAAAAUUCUCCCAGUCAGACAUUUUCCUUAUCAAUUUUCCAAAGUUAAGUGUGUUCAUUUUAUUUUGAUAUGUCUGCCUUUCUAGCAAACAAGUCUGUUAGAGCGGCUUUUUAAAUAAUAUUUCAAAUUAAACAAAACUUCAACAUAUAUAGACCUGAAGUGAUCACUUUUCAUUUCUCAAUUUGGAUUUCAAAGUGAUGGAAGUGUUGUUUAUAUUUUUCACCAUCUCCAACACUAAAUAAGCUCACUCUAAAAUGGAGACUAAGUUGUUUUUACUGUAUGCCAUUUUCAUGUGAGAGGUACCAUUCUUAAAAUAUGAAACUAGUGCAAUUUCCAUAGUUUUAGUUUAAAUCUGAUCAUGUUUAAUGAACAGCAAAUGACAGGCAAUAAAAAACAUUCUACCAUUUCGAUAAGGUUUAAGAUCAUGCCAAAAUAUUGUUGUAAUGGACACAUGGUCACAAGU